AUGGCGCCAAGGCCAUCGAUCAGGUGCAGCGCAGAGAGGCCCUUGUGUGCGGCUUGCAAGACAUACAACAAAGUGUGCAGUUACAAGGGCGGCCGAGAUGCUCCCAAUGCCGCCUACGCGAGACAGCCCAGGCUGCCCAUACCCGUGACUGCCUCCAGCCCUGCCAGGGUGACUGCAACGUCAGCACCUGCAGCCACUGAACACCUCCGGGUUGUCACAACUGGUGCUAAGCGGUCAGUCAAUGUCUCUCGCAUGGUCACUAAAAAGGGCAUGUCAAGCUACCACGGGCGAACCAGCACCUUGUUCGAGGAGAAUACUCCUCACGACCGUCCUGCUGCCGAGCCACGGCCCAAGAUGCCUGAACAGUGGAUUGAAAACGGUCUUACUACAAUUUUCGGCGUUGACCCUGAUCUUGGCAUGCAUAUACUGAACCUGCACUGGAACCGUCAACAUCAUUCAUUCUUUGUCACUUAUCAACCAGCGUUCAUGAGAAAUAUGGCUUGUGGUGGGCCAUACUUCUCGAAGCUGCUCCUCAAUGCCAUUUAUUUCGGAGCUUCCAAGUUCUCUUCACGACACAAAGAAGUUCGACGAGUUGCCAAUGACGUGCGAACUGCAGGAUGGCAGUUUCGAGAGCGAGUUCGCCAGCUUUUGGGAGAAGCUCUUGACCAGAGUGAGAUCACUACCAUCCAAGCUCUACUCGUCAUGACUAAUUCUUUGUUCGCGCUAGGAAUCGCCUUUCGGAUGAUUGUUGAUCUCGGAUUGCUUGUAGACACGCUUGGUUUUGCGAGUACUUCAAACAUAUCUGACGAAGAUUACGAGAUUCGAAGACGCGUCUUCUGGGCUGCUUUUGUCGUCGACAAAAUCCAGAGCUUAUACCAGGGCCGGCCGGUCAGUAUCAAAGAGUUUGAUACUCUGGUUCCCAUCAAUUAUGCAGGCUCACCGGCGUUCAGGGUAUCCACUUUCAGGCAGCUUUGUCUCCUUUCAGUCAUACUGAGCGAGAUCCUCAGUAACCUUUCUACUAGGCUGCAGAACAUUCACCAAAAGCUCACGUCAUGGCGAGAAAACCUGCCAGAUCACCUCGCCUUCAAUCCUACAAAGAAAACUUUCACACCUCCGCCACAUGUCAUGAGCCUGUACCCAUUCAAAAUGUGUGCAACGGCUGCAGACAGCAUUGUUGAGCUUCUGCGCGCGUAUGAUAAAGCGUUUAGCGCGCAAAAAGCCCCCUACCUGAUCUCAUACGCUACCUAUGUGGCUGCGACAAUUCACGCGCGAAUUGUUGCAAAAAGAGGGGCUGAAUCACACGUUCACAGUAAUCUUGUCGCAUGCUUGGGCAUUUUUCGUGAAAACCAAGAAACGAAUCGGGCAGUACGACGCGCAAAUGCAACCGUGCAGAACCUGAUGAGGAGAAUAGGACUCGAAGUCCACGAUCUCAGCAAUACGGACAAGGCUACCGCUGCUACCAACAAUAGUGCAGACAUAGUAUCGAGCCAAUCGAUAAAACAAGAAGAGAGCCUACACACACCUGAUAUCGACGGCAUUCUCGAAAGUUUCAUCCGAGGGCAAGAAAACGCUCAACUGUUACAGGCGGUACGAAACGCCCGGAUUCACUCAACUGAGAUGGCGGCAGCACCUCCUGCACAACUAUACGGUCCUUUACUCAAUGUCUCAGGAGUCUUCAGCAUCAGUAUCAGCCAGCCUGCAGAAGCUCCCAUGACAGUGGAUGAUCUACUUUACGGGCUCAAUGGGUCUACUUUGGACAACUUUGCCUUCUUAGACCGGGAACUUAUGUGA